AUGGAUACCUUAAAAUCCAAUAAAUCCUCUUUCUCUAUAGAAAAUAUUUUAGAACAAAAAACAUCUAAAGAUACUAACUUGAAUCCGGCUACACAUAUACAAAUACCCUCACCCAGUUUAACAACAACAUCUUUACCUUCACCCAAUUUGGAUAAUACAGUUACAUCUACCAGUCUAACACGUACCCCGGAUUUUGAACAAUAUACCGCUUUUAAAAAUCUCACUUUAAAAACAGCCAACCACAACAAUAACUCGCCCUCCUCAUUAACUUUAGCUAGUACUUUACCACAACAUGCAACAGCCGCCGCUGCUCCUGCUCUACAUUAUGAUCAUGUUUAUGAUCCUACGGCCUCCUUAUUUUAUCAACAAGUCUUAAAUUUACAGAAAAAUUCAGCAUUUUUAAUGCCUCAUUUUCAGGCUGCAGCAGCUGCCGCCGCAAUGGCUAAUGUUUCAACGGCGGUGGCGGCUCGUGGAACUCCGUCGGUUUAUUGUGAACCUCCUUAUAAUCAAUUUAUGGAUUGUGAAGCCUAUCCGACAAAUGCCUCAGCCGCUGCUGCCCUAUACUGUAAUGCCGCCUAUCCCGGUUUCUAUAUGCCUGGUUUUGGUGUAAAACGUAAAGGUGGACAAAUACGUUUUACCUCACAACAAACUAAAAAUCUCGAAAAUCGUUUUAACUCCUUCAAAUAUCUAUCGCCCGAAGAACGUAGACAUUUGGCUCUACAACUUAAGCUAACCGAUCGUCAAGUGAAAACAUGGUUUCAAAAUCGUCGAGCUAAAUGGCGUCGUGCUAAUCAGGCAAAACGUUCUUCCCACUAUUUACACACUACAGCACAGGCACAUAACAAUCAACGUAGUGUUAUUAAAUCAAAUCAUAUAACAAAUAAUAAUAACAAUAAUAGUAGUGGUAUUCAAACGUUGAGUCAGGAGGAUAAACAAUUCCUGUCGGAAAAUGAUGAAAGUGAUGGCGAGA